GGCAUAAAAUGUGUUCACAACGUCAAAGAUACUAACCAUACGCAUCCAGUUUUGAAGCAAACGCACACUACCGAGAUCUACCAAAAACCGGACUUGAUCUAAAAGUUUUACGCUCUGGAAAUCAAUUGCAGACUGCGAGGAUGCUUCUCGUCUGAAAUAGAAUUGAUUGAAGUGGGUUAGAGAUUUUGAGAUUUGCAUAAGGAGAUUGGGUAUAGGAUAAACCCUAUUAUCAUUGUUUUCUAGAUCGAGCAAUACUAAUAAUCAAUGGAGGCAUCUCAAAGCGGAUUAGAAAGAGAUAAAUCAAAGCCUUCGUCAACUUCCGCACCGAUUCCGUCUGUUGCUAAUUUCUGGAGAGAGUUUGAUUUGGAGAAGGAAAGGAGUACAUUAGAUGAACAAGGACUUAGAAUUGCUGAAAAUCAGGAAAACAGCCAGAAGAACCGCAGGAAGCUCGCAGAGAGCACCCGAGAUUUCAAGAAAGCGCCAGCUGAAGAAAAGUCCAACCUGUUCACUUCUUUACUCAGGGGAUACCAAGAGGAGGUUGACAAUCUUACUAAGAGGGCGAAAUUUGGAGAAAAUGCUUUCCUUAAUAUAUACCAGAAACUUUAUGAGGCUCCAGAUCCUUAUCCUGUUGUUGCUUCAGUUGCUGAAAAAGAUUUAAAAAUAUCGGAGGUUGAGUCAGAGAACAGGAAGAUGAAGGUUGAACUUGAGGAAUUCAGAACGGAAGCUACUCACCUUAAAAACCAACAAGCAACAAUAAGACGACUAGAGGAGCGGACCCGCCAGUUAGAGCAACAGAUGGAGGAAAAAGUAAAAGAGAUUGUGGAGAUGAAGCAACGCAGUUUAGCAGAAGAAAAUCAGAAAACGCUGGAGGUUCUAAAAGAAAGGGAGCAACUUUUGCAGGAUCAGUUACGACAUGCUCAGGAUAGUGUUUCUAACAUGCAAAAGUUGCAUGAAAUUGCACAAAGCAAAUUGUUCGAGUACCGUGCCCAAUCAGAGGAAGAUACAGCAGCUAAGCAGACAGAGGUAAAUCUAUUGAUGGAUGAAGUUGAAAGGGCUCAGACUCGCCUGCUCAGUCUAGAGAGAGAGAAGGGAGUUCUACGCUCGCAACUGCAAUCAGCAAAUGAAGACAAUGAUACCAAGAGAAGUGAUGAUGGUGAUUCAAAUAGCAUCCUGGAGAAAUCGUUAAGUGCGAAAGAAAAGAUGAUUUCUGAACUAAAUACGGAACUUCACAACAUAGAAAGCAGCUUAUCUAGUGAGCGACAACAACAUAUCAACGAAAUCAAGAAGCUCAAUGCAAUGCUCAAUGAAAAGGAAGUGGCUCUUCAGGAAAUCAAGAAACAGCUCCAGGAAAGGCCAACUGAAAAAUUAGUUGACGAUCUGCGCAAGAAAGUUAAAAUUCUGCAGGCAGUGGGUUAUAACUCAAUUGAGGCUGAAGAUUGGGAGGUUGCUACCAGUGGGGAGGAGAUGAGCAAACUUGAGUCUCUGCUUCUUGAUAAGAACCGCAACAUGGAACAUCAACUGACACAGUUAAAGGUCCAACUCUCUGAAAAGACUUCAAUGGUGGAAACAUGUGAAAGGGAAAUUUCAGAACUUACUUCAAAGAUUAAUGAGCAACAAAAGCUUAUCCAAAAGUUAGAAGAUGAUAUAUUGAAGGGCUACAGUUCCAAAGAUCGUAAAGGAAAUAUUUUUGAGGAUUGGGAUCUUUCAGAGUCUGGGGAGAAUGCAGCAGCAGCAGAUAAAAAAAAAAAUGUUUCCUCGGACCAAGAUCAAAAUUCAAUGCUUAAGGUGAUAUGUAACCAAAGAGAUCGUUUUCGGGCACGCUUGCGUGAAACUGAAGAGGAAAUAAGGCAAUUGAAGGAGAGGAUAGGGAUGGUGACAAGUGAACUGGAGAAGACGAAAGCAGAUAAUGUGAAACUGUAUGGAAAGAUGCGAUAUGUACAGGAUUAUAAUCUAGAGAAAGUAGUCUCUAGAGCAUCAAGGAAGUCGGCUGAAGAUCUUGAAAGUGGUUUUAGCUCGGAUGUCGAAUCCAAGUAUAAGAAAAUAUACGAAGAUGAUAUAAACCCUUUUGCAGCAUUCUCCAAAAAGGAAAAGGAUCAACGCUACAAGGAGCUUGGUUUACGUGACAAAAUUACACUCACCAGUGGCCGUUUUCUUCUUGGCAACAAAUACGCACGAACGUUUGCAUUUUUCUAUACGAUCGGGUUGCAUGUUCUAGUGUUUAGCUGUCUCUACAGGAUGUCUGCUCUAAGCAACCUCAGCCAUGGACCUGAAGAAUUUCCUGGCAAUGACAAAUUUGUAAAUCUUCCUCAUGCAAUAUAGAAAUUUUUACCUUGUAAUGUACAUAGGCCAGACUAAAUUACCCACCCUUGUUCCAAGCUUGGGUUUUUAUGUGAGAAUGUCUACUUUGGAUUUCACAACAUAAGAUUGGUCAAUAUUUUGAUAUUACUCUCGCUCCUGUGUAGUGUAGUAGGUAGGUAGUGCAUACCCACACCAAGCACCAGGGAUUUUCUUAUAGCCUAAAAACAUUUCACCUUUUUGUUAUAACAUACACUAUUACUACUUUUUAUUCUACUUCACC